GACUUGAGCGCACAUGUUUUGUAAACAUUGUUCAUUUUAGACUUGAGUUAAAGUUUUUUAAAAUGGAUAAUUAUUUAUCAAUUUUUCAAGGAAUACUAUCGACUGAAGGAACCUAUUUAGACAUUUAUCUAGAUGGUUUGGAAGAUCAUAGAAAAUUUGAUGUAAAGUCUAAUGAUGGAGUGGAGCUUGUGCAACACAUUAGUUCAUUAUUGACAAAAUCCACUACUCGCCCACUUGGAUUACGUUUGCUUACAAAGUAUAUAGAUUACUGUCCCAUUGAUGUGUUUGAAAAGAAAGGAAAUCUGUGGACAACAUUUGUUUUAAAAGCAUGCAACAGCCAAGAGUUGCAAUGUGAUGCUCGUCUUAUAUUUGAAGUAUUGAGUAAAAUUAUAAAGAGGUCUCCGCAAUCUCCCGAUUUGGCGAAGUCGUUUGCUAGUACACAUAUAAGUAAAGUUUAUGAAAGCCUUACAAAUGUGCCGCAGUCUAAAGUAAAAUAUGCCUUGAGUUGCAUUGAGACAUGUUUGCGCGCAAAUCCGGGUUCCAGUGGACAGUCAAGAGGUGUCAUUGAACGUUUUUUGUGGAAAAAUGUAGAUCAUCUUGAAGACGAAGUUGUUGAAAAUUGUGGCAAAUGUUUGCAUCUUCUUCAGCAGAUAAAAGGUGGCGGACAACAAGGCGUUAACCAUAAAACACAAUGGAAAAACUAUCAACUUCAAUUGUUGGGUGGUAUUCACACUGUGUAUAAUGAAAUGUUUGCAAACUGUAUAGAAAUGUAUGAAGAAAAAAUAGAAGAUCAAAAAUUGCCCUGGGAGGCAGAACAAAUUAAGUUUGAUCCUGAGCCAGUAAAGAAAGCUGCGCAAAUGUAUACACGAUGCCAUAACAUGAUAAAAUAUCUUAUUAUUGCUAUAAGAGAACCGUUCCCAGUAGAAAAGCCCAUCCUGAUAAAGAAAAUAUUAAAUGUAGUGAUUCGAGGAUUGAGCGUGAACUGUAUAAUGCUUGAGCAAAAUCCCAUUGUCGACAAUAUUGCUCUUAACAUUUUAUUGCCGAAGUUACAUGUUGAUUUGUUGGAUCUCCUUAACGUCGCAGUAUUAAUAUUUCGCGGUCAUCUUCGUCCUUAUUCUGAACUUAUUUUAGGCCUUAUUGUCGAUGCAAUAAAAUGGACGUCUACCAAAAAUGCACAUGGAGAUCAAAAAUCGUUGUUGAUUUUACGUAAAAAAGUUUAUGAGACUGUUUCGUUGUGGUGUAAAAUCUUCUAUAGCGGUAAUCGUUGCGACUCCAUUGCCGAAUACUUAUUUCAAGAAAUUCUUAGCGAUGUUACUCCAACACAAAGUGAAUUUACAUUAAAGGUUUUAAGUGGCGCCCGAAAACAUAUGUCUAAAAAAGCGAGACGUCAGCUCCACAAUGCCCAAAAUGAGAAAUCCAAUAUGGCUCAAACUCAUUCUAGUGACAAUAAUCGAAAGGAACAGUUUUCAGAAGUGAGGAAUCAGGAAUUGUGCAUUUCAGCCUUGCGUUGUCUUCAAGAAAUUCUUUUAACUGUGGGGAAUUUUAUAAAACCUACUAUUUUAAAGAUGAUGCAAACAAGUAUAUCAGAAAUUUGUGCUAUACUUUAUGAGCUUCCUCCUAAGACAACGCAUUUGUAUAGUAAUAAGGAUUGCCGGAUAGAAAUUUAUAAUACACUAUAUGCUAUACUUAUGACUCCACACCAUUUAUGUCCUCCUCCUACUGAGAUGGCUUUAACAAUAAUUCAGACUGCUUAUGCCCGCGAUGAUAGCCUUAAAGUUCGACUUCGUUGCAGUUUCAUAUUACAAAAUCUUGAAAAAUUAAUUCAUCCACAAAAAGAAAGUUUACUUUUCACUAUCGAGGCGAGAGAUAUACGCAAUACAUUUAUCAAAAUGGGCCAGGAAUGUUUACUACGUGAAUUCGGAUUUAAUUUAUCAAAUACAUUAUCCAGUAACAAUAUAACUGAUGAUGACGUUCUGGUAGUUGACGAAACUUCAAGUUCUCAAUUGUUAAAUACAUCAUUAAAUAAUCAUGAAAAUUAUGACUUGGAGCAAACUAACGAAACGCAGACAACUAGCACCAUAAUUUCUGCAAACAUUGAACAAGUUCACAAUGGAGAUAUGGAUGUAAUAAACAUACAUUUAAGAGAACCAGUUAAAGAUCAAUUUAUUGAUAUUGAAGUGGAAAAUGUUAAGUAUGAUAAUGAGUCGUUAUCCAAAAAUAUGAAUACCACAAAUGAUAUUGUUGAAGACAUAAGUAAAUCUCCGGAGAUGGUUUUGCGCAUUGAUGACGAUGAAGAUUCUGUCCCAGUUGAUGGAGAAGAAAAAAACAACGAUCCUCAUAUUGAUGAACCAUUUACAAAGAAGCUAAAACUUGAUAAUGAAAAUGAUGAAGCAGCAAAUAUAUUACAAACGGAUGUAACUGAAAAUGUCACUGAAAUUAUUAACAUAGAUGAUGAUGAAGAUAAUUUAUUGGCUGAUAUUGCAUCUCAGUUUGUCGAUGAAUUAGAUUAAUGUUUUCAAAAUUUAAAAAUAAAUAAUUGUGUUAAAAA